GGCGGGAGGCGGCCCCUCGUCGGCGGCCGUGCGGGGAGGAAGCGGCGGGCAGCUGCAGCAGACAUGGAGGAGCGGUCCCCUCCCGGCGGGGGCCCGGCGUCCCCCCCGCGGGGCUGAGCCAGCGGCCCGCCCGCCCCGCGCCUCGGGAGGGCUGCGGGGGAGCGGGGCCAGCGGCGGGCGGCGGCAGCCCCGGCCCGGCUCGGCCCAGGCGAGGGGACUAUGCGGGGCUGCCCCGGCGCGCUGUGUGCGGAGCCCGGCGAGCGGCCGAUCGCCGCGGCGCUGCCCGGCCGCCCCUACGCGGCGGGGACCGGAGGAGACUAGAGGCGACUCUGCGAGGAGCCCGGUGGCUUCGACAGCCCCAGAGACCCAAGUCCGGCGCGGGCUCUUGAGGAGGAAUUGACAACAUGGCUUCCCCACCGCACCAGCAGCUGCUGCAUCACCACAGCACCGAGGUGAGCUGCGACUCCAGCGGGGACAGCAACAGCGUGACGGUGAAAAUCAACCCCAAGCAGCACCAGGGCUGCACCUCUUCCAAGCACUGCAAGUACAGCAUCUCCUCCAGCUGCAGCUCGGGGGAGUCGGGGGGCACCCGCCGAGCCGGCGGAGCGGGCGGCAGUGGCUCCGGCCUCCGCCGGCAGAAGAAGCUGCCGCAGCUCUUCGAGAGGGCCUCUUCCAAGUGGUGGAACCCCAAGUUCGACUCCAACAACCUGGAGGAGGCUUGCAUGGAGAGAUGCUUCCCGCAGACCCAGCGCAGGUUUCGCUAUGCCCUUUUCUACAUCGGCGUGGCCUGUCUGCUCUGGGGCAUCUACUUCGGCAUACACAUGAGAGAGAAACAAAUUGUUUUCAUGGUGCCGGCUCUGUGCUUCCUCCUGGUAUGUGUAGCUUUUUUUGUGUUCACUUUCACUAAGACUUAUGCCCGCCAUUACGUAUGGACUUCGCUGAUCCUCACCCUCCUGGUGUUUGCUCUGACCCUCGCUCCGCAGUUCCAGGCUCUGAAGCCUGUCUCAGGAAGUGGUGACAUGUCCAACCGGACUCCCCCGGCAGAUCCCACAGACACUUGUCUUUCUCAAGUGGGCAGUUUUUCUAUGUGUAUUGAAGUGCUCUUGUUGCUUUAUACAGUGAUGCACUUACCCCUGUAUUUAAGCUUGUUUCUGGGGCUGUCGUACUCGGUCCUCUUUGAGACCUUUGGUUAUCACUUCCGUGAUGAGAACUGUUUCACACCUCUGGGAGCUGGUGCGGUUUACUGGGAGCUGUUGAGUAAAGCCUUCCUGCACAUCUGCAUCCAUGCCAUUGGUAUUCAUUUAUUUAUCAUGUCCGAAGUCAGAUCAAGAAGCACAUUCCUGAAAGUGGGGCAAUCCAUCAUGCACGGAAAAGACUUGGAAGUGGAAAAAGCCCUGAAAGAGAGGAUGAUUCAUUCUGUUAUGCCAAGAAUAAUAGCUGAUGACUUAAUGAAGCAGGGAGAUGAUGAAAGUGAAAACUCCAUCAAACGUCAUUCCACCUCAAGCCCCAAAAACAGGAAGAAGAAGCCUUCCAUACAGAAAACCCCCAUAAUAUUCCGUCCUUUUAAAAUGCAGCAGAUAGAGCAAGUGAGCAUUUUGUUUGCAGAUAUUGUUGGCUUCACAAAAAUGAGUGCCAACAAAUCAGCCCAUGCCCUGGUGGGACUCCUGAACGACCUCUUUGGACGCUUUGACCGUCUGUGUGAGGACACUAAAUGUGAGAAGAUCAGCACUUUGGGGGACUGUUACUACUGCGUGGCUGGCUGCCCUGAGCCCCGGGCAGAUCAUGCCUACUGCUGCAUCGAGAUGGGCUUGGGGAUGAUCAAAGCCAUUGAGCAGUUCUGCCAGGAGAAGAAAGAAAUGGUGAACAUGAGAGUCGGUGUUCACACCGGGACAGUCCUGUGUGGCAUUUUGGGAAUGAGGAGGUUCAAGUUCGAUGUGUGGUCCAACGAUGUCAAUUUGGCCAAUCUGAUGGAGCAGCUCGGGGUGGCUGGGAAGGUCCAUAUUUCGGAAGCUACUGCCAAAUAUUUGGAUGAUCGUUAUGAAAUGGAGGAUGGAAAGGUGAUUGAGCGCGUCGGUCAGAGCGUGGUAGCCGACCAGUUAAAAGGUUUAAAGACCUAUCUGAUCUCAGGUCAGAAGGUGAAGGAGCCCCACUGCAGCUGUUCUCAAGCGUUGCUUCCUGGCUUGGAGUCCUCAGAUGGAGCCAGAACACCGGGAACGUCGUCAGCUGAGAACUCCAGUGACCCAAGCAAGACAACCAAACAGGUGGAAAAGCCCAAGCCUUGCCCUUCAUGUAGUACCACCCUUGCUCCCCACUGCGAUGUCAGCAUAGAUGAAGGAGCUAUCCAAAAUGGUUGUCAGGAUGAGCAUAAAAACAGUAUGAAGGCUUCAGGAGGACACAGUCCAAAGACUCAGAAUGGACUUCUGAGUCCUCCCCAGGAGGAGAAGCUGAGCAACAGCCAAACCUCACUGUAUGAAAUGCUGCAGGAGAAGGGACGCUGGGGCGGAGUGAGCCUGGAUCAGUCAGCUCUGCUCCCUCUGAGGUUCAAAAACAUCAGAGAAAAGACAGAUGCCCACUUUGUGGAUGUGAUUAAAGAAGACAGCCUCAUGAAAGAUUACUUCUUUAAACCACCUAUUAACAAGUUGAGCCUCAACUUCUUGGACCAGGAUUUGGAGAUGGCCUACAGGACGAGCUACCAGGAAGAGGUUAUAAGGAAUGCUCCAGUGAAGACAUUUGCCAGUGCUACCUUCAGCUCACUCCUGGACGUGUUCCUGUCCACCACAGUCUUCCUCAUCCUCUCCAUCACCUGUUUCCUGAAGCACGGAAUGGUCGCGUCCCCUCCGCCACCUGCGGCCGUCGUGGUGUUCGUCAUCGCCAUCCUGCUGGAAGUGCUGUCCCUUGUCAUCUCCAUCAGGAUGGCGUUCUUCCUGGAGGAGGUGAUGACUUGCACCAAGCGUCUCCUGGAGGUGAUAUCUGGCUGGCUGCCUCGACACUUCUUCGGUGCAAUCCUGGUUUCUCUCCCAGCUCUUGCAGUUUUUUCACACUUCACCUCUGAUUUUGAAACAAAUAUACAUUACACCAUGUUCAUGUGUUGUGCCAUUCUCAUCACCAUUGUGCAGUACUGUAACUUCUGCCAGCUCAGCUCCUGGAUGAGAUCCCUGCUGGCAACCGUGGUGGGAGCAGUGCUGCUCAUCCUGCUCUACGUCUCCUUGUGCCCCACCAGCUCCAUGGAAGCUCCUCAUCUAGAUUUGGCACAGAACUUUAGCUCCAGAAAGAGCCCGUGCAACAGCUCGGUGCCGAGCGACGCGAAGCGGCCGGCGGAGCUGAUCGGCCAGGAGGUGGUUCUGGUGUCCUUCCUGCUGCUCCUGCUCGUCUGGUUCCUGAACCGCGAGUUCGAGGUCAGUUACCGGCUGCACUACCACGGGGACGUGGAGGCCGACCUGCACCGCACCAAGAUCCAGAGCAUGAGGGAUCAGGCUGACUGGCUGCUGAGGAAUAUCAUCCCCUACCACGUGGCCGAGCAGCUGAAGGUGUCCCAGAGCUAUUCCAAAAACCACGACAGCGGCGGGGUGAUCUUUGCCAGCAUCGUGAACUUCAGCGAGUUCUACGAGGAGAACUACGAGGGUGGCAAGGAGUGUUACCGAGUCCUGAACGAGCUCAUCGGGGACUUUGACGAGCUGCUGAGCAAACCCCACUACAGCAGCAUCGAGAAGAUCAAAACCAUCGGGGCCACCUACAUGGCGGCGUCGGGGCUGAACACCUCGCAGUGCCAGGACAGCAGCCAUCCCCACGGGCACCUGCAGACCCUUUUUGAAUUUGCCAAAGAAAUGAUGCGGGUGGUGGAUGACUUCAACAACAACAUGCUGUGGUUUAACUUUAAACUCCGGAUCGGCUUUAACCACGGCCCCCUCACGGCCGGGGUCAUCGGCACCACCAAGCUGUUGUAUGACAUUUGGGGGGACACUGUGAACAUCGCGAGCAGGAUGGACACCACCGGCGUCGAGUGCCGCAUCCAGGUGAGUGAGGAGAGCUACCGCAUCCUCAACAAGAUGGGGUAUGACUUUGACUACAGGGGGACGGUCAAUGUGAAGGGGAAGGGUCAGAUGAAGACCUACCUUUACCCCAAGUGCAUGGACAACGGCAUCGUGCCGCAUCACCAGUUGUCCAUAUCUCCAGACAUUCGGGUUCAAGUGGAUGGCAGCAUUGGGCGGUCUCCGACGGAUGAGAUUGCCAACCUGGUGCCUUCUGUACAGAAUUCUGAUAAGAUUGCCCAUGGCACAGAUAACUCAGAGGCCAAGGACAUCCUUCCUUCCGCCAAGAAGCUCCAGAAAGACGCGGCAAAGGCAGAGGAGAGGUGCAGGUUUGGCAAAGCCGUGGAGAAGGAUGACUGUGAGGAAGCGGGGACUGAGGAGGUCAAUGAACUGACAAAGCUAAAUAUCUCUAAGAGUGUAUGAUGAACUGUCAGAGUUGCAUGAAGUGCUCUGUCCAUAGAAACACACAGACUUUUGCAAUUGGCAGUUUUCUUUUUCAAGAGAGACCUUCUCCACACCUGGGUUGUACGUUUGUGUUCAUUUCGGCACCUGGGGCUGUGUGGAUCAUGGCUCUUCAGGGCUUGUUUUCAUCCAUCUCUCUCCUCCAUGCCCCAAAUCACAUCCCAAGCUCCCCAGCUCCCUGUGCAACCAUCUUACAGCUGAGUAGAGGAUAUUAAGUGCCUUCAGAUAUACUCCAUUGGACUCCCUGUCAAGGUACAGAGGCCCCAAGUGAAAUCAUAGCUUUGGGUAUUUAUCUAAUUUUAAAGAAAAGAGAAGCUGUGGUUAUAUCAUUUUUAUUGUUGUUUCUCACAAAACACUUUUUUUGGCUAAUGCAACUCCUUGGGUUUUUUAUAUCUCUCGGAACAAUGUUUUACUGUUAUCAGACCUUUUGUAUGUAACACACAGACAUGUGCAUGUAUCUACCAUAUGAGACUGCUAUAAAGUGCCAGUAAAGCACCACAAGAAUGUCUGGGCGAGGGGUGACACACUUUGGGUCGGGCUGGAGGGCGAGUUGUGCCGUGGCUCAGCCUUUAGUUAGGGCAGGAGGAACAGCUGCUGUCGUUCUGUUCUCCUUUCCCGAUGCUUUCUGCAGCCUCCAUGUGCCAUCGUGUGCUUUGGAUACACUUCUUUUCCAUAUAGCCAAUGAGUUACUGAUCCGUGGGGAUGGAAGGAGGGUUGGGACAGUGCCAGCUCUGGGGACAGGUUUCCAGAAGCAGAGGAGAGACCACGGGAGUGCUGCAGUUCAGGGCUCCCGGCUCCGUACGCGGCUCAGUGGGCGAAGGUAGGUGACAUCAGUGUCUCUAAGCUGACUGGAGAGAGAGAAAGAGAGAAGCAAAAUAAAUGUUUUGGGAAUGCCUUUAUUUAUUUAUUUAUUUAUUUAUUUAUUUUAUUCCUGUUUGGUUUUUUGGGGGGUUUUUCUUAUUUCAUUUGGGAAUUUUUGCACGCGGAAGGGACCGGGAGAGAUGAAUUUUUUGUGGGUUUAAGAGGAGUAAUAAGACAAUGUUUGAGUCUCUUUGAACUACCAACCACUGUGAGGAUGUUACCUUAGGCAAUAUUUGUUUCCAAGCUGGCCACACUUUGGAAGCCACCAAACACAGCUGAGUAUCCCGGCUUCCCUCCAGACUGAACCAAUGGUGCUGCACAACAUUUUUCAGGAUUUUUACACACACACACACACACACACACACACACUGUGCUUUUGCAGCAGGGAAGAGAACAGAAUGCUCCCUUCCUGCUGCUGAAAGCAGGAAUAGGGAGAAGAGUCCUUGUAGUGAGCUGAGAAGCACAAUCAUUUCCCAGUCCUGCGGACAGCUCCGUGCAGGUCCCUGGGAGCAGAGGCCUGCGGGAGCCCAGGAGCUGAACUGUGGGACUGGGGGCUUAGGCUGUGCCUGUCUGCCCUCUGCAUGCUUCCACCACCUCCCUCUCUGGCAUUUGAUGCUCUGCUGGGGAUAAUAUUGACCAUUCAACUAUUCAACUCCCUCUGAUACCAAAUAAAGUGAAAGGGUUUUUAUUCCCAAACAAGUUGGUCAGCCAGGGAAGAGCUGGGGAGGGGUGGUGCUGCACUGGCUGUGUGAUGCUGGGGGCUCUUUCCAUCUGAACUCGAGUUAUGUAUUGAUUCUUCCUCUUAUCCCCAUGUGAUUUUGGGGUAUGAGUAAUAAAUAGAUCUGUUGUGGGGUUCCUGUUCAGCUGGUGGAGAUCCAUCUCCACUCCACAGUCAGCAUGGAGCCUGUGAAGCUUUUAUCAAAUGUGAGUGUGUGGGAUUUCUGGAUCUCAGUUAAACAGAACUCUGCACACAGGUCCUGCAAAGCUGUUGAUUAUGCAGGUAGUAUCCCAUUUGAUAGGAAAGCUGUUCAGAAUUCAUCUUCUUCGCUCAGUCUGCCAGGAUACAACAAACCAGGGAAUCCUCACCCCCAAAUCCCUGUGCCACAAAUGUUGUUGCCUGUUUGGAGGCUGUUCCCAAUGAGCAACAAUGUGAGGUGGUUUUGAGGGCACAGUUUUCCAGCAGCUUCCUUCUCCCUAGGUUACACUUCCCUCCUCCCCAUUGUGGGUUGCACUUCCAACUUUCAGGUAGUAAUUCUGCAAAUACCUCUUGCAUCUGAAGAAUGUAUUCCUGAAACCAUUGUUAGGGUUCUUGCUUCAGUUAAGGUGUGUCAGUAUUCCUUUUCCUACAGUCAAGGAGCUAACGUGAUCCAGAAUUGUUUACAUGCCUUCUAGUGUUAUGUUAUUGUCUCAGAGUCGUUCCAGCCUUUCUCCCUGUCACUUCUUUCUCCCAGUUUUAUAGACUCUGCCUCUCCCUGCUCAGCUGUGUGCAAGGGCAGAGCUCAGUCAGGACACACCAGCUCCUUGAGACGCUGCACAAUAACCAAACCUCCACCAGCCCCAGUCCUGCACCCGGGAGAGGUUGGCAGCCUGUGGUUAAACCCAAAAGGAAAAGGUGCUGCUGGGCCCAAAGCACCUUCCUCUUCAUUGUUCAAGCACUUCAGGAUGCAAAAUCCUUCUCCUUCAGCCUAUAAAGUACACAAGGCUCCCGUGCUGCUGUGGUGUGGGGCUCUGGGAGUUUCAUUGGCACUAAACAAAUAAAGGCACUGAGGACAGCAGCAGUGGUGGACUCUGAAAUCAAGGGCUGUUGUCUGUACUGGGAACUGCCAGUGAUGGUCCUCUGCCUUAACUGGAUUGGGAAAAGGCUCCUGGUGAGUGACCAGUUCGCUCAUUGCCAGGACAGCAGCAAGAAUCCCACAGCUGGGGCUGCCAGGGGUUAAAUCUCUUCAGUGUAAUAACCAAACCAAGAAAUUCAGUUCUCAACGGAUGGUUUGGAGGGGGAGAUACCUGUUUGUGUGGUAAACCAGUGUGAGCUGAACCUUCACAGCUCCCCUUACGCUUUUGAAGAUUUAUCCUGACACAGAAAUGACUCCGGAGUCGUUUCUAGCAGGGUUGUGUGGCUCUGCUGCAGAAUUCCUGACACGUGUGCUGGUGGGAGGCCACAGGCAAAGUUCACUCCAUUAAAAUGCCUGUGCUGUGUGUGCUGUUGGUGCCAGCAGUGCUGACAGUGAACAUGGGGGGGUGGCUGGGUCCCCCGGGAUUUAUUCAGCAAGGACAAUCUGUGUGUGGCUGUGCUUCCAAUCUUUAGGGUGGUUUAAUGACACUGAUUUAAAAUGGUUCAGAGAAGGGGCUGGGGAGAUUGCUGAGUGUUCAUGAGCCCUGUGGUGCUUUCUGCCACUUGCAGCACCUGCUCUGAAGUGCAGAGUGACAAGCAGUGCACAGAGUAUUGUGGGCACUGAGGUCUUAAUCUGCUGCUAACACACCAAAAUGCUUUUUCCUCCUUGCUGCUCCUGGGAGAGAUUUCUCAGUGAGAACCAGGUAAACGGCAUUCCUAUGGAUUAACUUCCAGCAUUAGGAUUUUGAGGAUGGAUUUGCCUCUUACUUCCCAGGAUUUGGGGCCAUUUCCCUUUGCUGGAGGUGACGUGAGCCCUGCGAGCAGAGUGAGACAGUGCCACAGUCUGGCUGCAGCUUCUGCUGUGUCCCAGGAGUGACAAAAUGAGGGGAGGAAAGGGUGGAUACCCCAAGGGCUUUACAGAAAACAUAAGUAUUUGGAUACUCUUCCUUUAGGGCUAAAACACAGAAAGGAGGUGCCCAGAGCAAAACUGAAGGGAGCUCCUCAUAGUUAUAGCAGCUUUAGCUAAAAAGGAGCUUAUUCCUCAGUAAAAGGCCAAGUUUUUAGGGUUUCUGGCAUUUUAAAAUCACUAACUCUGACCUGUUUCUAAAACUUUAAUUCUGAAUACAGCAAAAGGUGUUGCAAAGGAGCAGUUAAUUCAUGUCACAACAUCUCAAGAGGCUGAGGGUGCCUGAGGUUGGCUGUAAUGCCUUUGGCUGUUUAAAUCUGCACCUUAGCUUGGGGGAAGGGGUUCUGCCAAAUUUAAAGACCCUGUUUUCUCCCUUCUUCCCUGCUGUGGUCUCCAUCUGGAUGUUUGCUCCAUCUGGAUGGGACACACAGGUGGCUGUUGCCUCCUUGCUCCUCACCUUUGGGAACCUGUGUCUUCCUCAUUGCACGGCAGCAGCUGGGCUGAGGUCACGGCUCCUGGUGCUGCUGCUGGUGCCUCCCUGUUCCUGAUGAAAGAGGAGAUUGUGUUUGCUUUGAUGUCUUGGUCCAUUUUGCCUGGUCACAGCUGCAGCUUCCUCCUCGUGGUGGUGACAGAAGAUACAGAAGAAACACAUCCCUGCAGUUAAAUUCAAGAAUUAAAUUUUAAAAUGCAGUUGUUGUUUAUUGAUGUGAUUUUUCCAGUUGCCGGAAAUGCCAGAGGGGUGGUUGGACUGUGAGUACAGAAUGAUUUGCAUGUGGGAACAGCCAAGAUGGAGGUGCAGGGAUGACCCAGUGCCAUGGCACUGCCAUCUCAGUGCCCAGGCAGCUGUGAAAAGCCAGCUGAAGUCUCAGAGAAAUGCUGAGACUUGUCUGGCUGCUUGUGGAACAUCAGUUUGGGCAGCAAAGUCAUUUGCUCCAAUGCUUUUCUCCUUUCGAGUUCUCUCUGCAGGAUUUAGCAGUCCUUGGUUUGUUUCCUGGGGUAAAACUUGAAUUGCUCUUUGCUAUUGCUGAGACUGAAGUGUGCAGGCAGUGGCAGUGGGAUUCUGCAAAAUGCUAUCAAAAAGCUGGAAUUAGUAACCAUCACUCACCAGUUCCUGCAGGCCCUGGAGAGGUCUGAGUGCUGCCGUGCUCUGAAGGUGUCUCAGGUCAGAGCUGUAGGUGGGACACAGUCCCAAAGUCCAAAGUCCUGCUUUGGAUCCAUACGGUAACGUGCUUCCAGGUGUGGAAUCAGGGAGACAAGGAGAAGGGAAUGUGGAAUAAGCUGCUGGGUGUUGCAAGGGCUGAUCUGUAUGUGCAGGACUGCAGGAGAGGAAGGUGUCUCAGUGUGAAGCAGAGUCUCGGCUUCCCAAGCUGUUCUUGUUUUCUGGGAACCAGAAACCCUUAAAAUGGGCUGAUUUUAUUAAAAUGUGCAUUAACACCACCCUCUGAACUCUGUCCAGGGAGUUUUAUUGGUGAAAGUCAGACAGCAGGAGCUUAUUGCCUAUGUCUUAUUUAAAGAGUUCAUUUAAAAAUCAAACAUCAGGCUCUGUAGAGGUUGAAGGAGGACAAAAUAAAACAGGAGUGGGAUGUGUCUUGUCUUGACAGCGGUGCAGUUUGAGGGUGCCGUGGGAAGGAGGUUUGAGGUGCUUUGCAGACACUGGGUAAAGCUCUGGUAGGAAAAAAAUACAAAUAUUUUAUAUAAAAUCUCUUUCAAGUCUUUCUGAUGUGAACUGAACUGUCUCAGCCCUGAUAAGGGGCUGGGCUGUACAACACGUACAGAACUGUUUGCUCCUUGCCUUUGGGACUCAGUAUUGGCUCCGGAGAAAUUAGUUUGGACAAAACAGAUUGGUGGGAGACAUUUAAAGCUCUUUUUUUUUCCUUGUCCCUUACUGUAGCUGCUAAAUAUUUGCUGCCCUAACCCAGCUGCCCAGCCCGAGGCUGGCCAGGAGCUGGAGGCAGAUCCCCAGCAUCUUCCCACCCAGCUGCUCCAGGGGUGGAGUUCAGCAUCCUCCUCAGGAGCUGUCCCACGUGCCAGUCCCCACACUGGAGAUCAGUGUCUGAGGCAGCAGCUCUUGGUGUUUUACACUUCUGGAAUGACCCCAAGGCUGCUGUUGGCAUCUCCUUCCUUGGCCCUGGUAUUGUUUGCUCCUUUCUCUCCCUGUUUUCUGGCUCACUGCAACAAUUGCACAGAAUCCCAGAAUAGUUUGGGUUGGAAGGAACCUUAAAGCUCAUCCUGUUCCACCCCCUGCCAUGGGCAGGGACACCUUCCACUAUCCCAGGCUGCUCCAAGCCCCAUCCAGCCUGGCCUUGGACACUUCCAGGGAUCCAGGGGCAGCCACAGCUUCUCUGGGCACCCUGUGCCAGGGCCUGCCCACCCUCCCAGGGAACAAUUCCUUCCCAAUAUCCCAUCUAUCCCUGCCCUCUGGCAGUGGGAAGCCAUUCCCUGUGUCCUGUCCCUCCAUCCCUUGUCCCAAGUCCCUCUGCAGCUCUCCUGGAGCCCCUUUAGGCCCUGGAAGGGGCUCUGAGGUGUCCCUGGAGCCUUCUCCUCUCCAGGUGAGCACCCCCAGCUCUCCCAGCCUGGCUCCAGAGCAGAGGGGCUCCAGCCCCCGGAGCAUUUCCAUGCCCAUAAUGGAUUUUAAUGUCCAGAAAUUGAAGUGUUCACUGAAUUGAAAAACUGCAGAGAAGGUCAUGGCUGGGAACAGCUGGUACAGUCUGAAGUCCCCACUCUCACUGGUGAUGCUCUGACCAAUCUGUCAUCCAGCUCAUUGCUGGAUGUGUGGUGUAGGCCAGUGCCACCACUUCCAUGUCACUGAUUUAGCCAUCAAUUCUCAAAUCCUCCUUCGGAUGAGUCAAAGUGACUUUCUCAAGUUUUUUCUGCUUUUCCUCCCCCAGUUACUCAAGUCUUCACUUGUUUCUACCUUAGUGCAUCAGCUCCAUCUUUGGAAUUGAAGAUGGUUUGUAUUGACUUGUGCUGAGAGAUGCAGCUCAGGGCAGGGCAGGACUCGUAGCAUGUGGUCCAUCUGUGGGUGUGCCCAAGGGGAAUUGCCUCUGCAGUGACUCUGAAGCUUUGUCUUUUCCAGGAGAGCCCAGAGCUGUGUUUGGGGUUUAUUUCCAGUUCUGGAUGUUCCACUCCACCUUGUCCAAAGGAAGGGGUGGCAGCGCUGCCAGCUCUGCUCUGCAUCCCUGCCUCCGCCAGGGUUUGGCCACUGCACAGGAGGGUGCUGGUCCCACUGGCAUCAGCAAAUGUUCCAGGAGCCCACAGUUACCAGGGACCCUCUCCCCAAUUUAAUUGCUUCUGCUUUCAGAGCCCAUGCUGAGAUACAGAGAUACAUAAUAUUUAUGCCGAGACAGAGACCUGUUACACCCUACUGCAAGUACAGCUUUAAACUUCCAAAGUAAUAAACUCUUUAAAGCCAAGAGCCUUAACAACUCCAACAUCUGCUGAGACAAGAAACACAGUUCUGAGGUCGUGCUGAAUAUUUGGGAAUUUUUCCUGCUCGAUGGUGGGUGUCUCUGGUUUGCAGGGAGGCAACAGCAGUAUCCAAAGAUGACAAGAACCCUGGCCAGCCCCACUCAAUUGCCCAGGAACAGCUAAAUGAGUUCCCCCCUGUGCUCUCAGGAAAGUCACCUCGCUGCUCAGUGCCAGCUGGAGGCUUUAGGUGUUGCAUUGCUCAGGAAAGCUCCUCCUUUCCAUGCAACAGUAUUCUUAACUUAGCAUAAAACAUUGUGUUUGCCGGUGGCAGGGGCUGGAUUCCUCCUUUCUCGCCCUUUGGUUCUUUCAGCAUUGAGGACAAGGCAGGGAUGUAAAUGAUGGGAAAAGGGAGGUCAGUGGGGAAGGAGCCCCUGGAGCCAGCCCCAGUGGAGGAGAUGCCGUGUAGGUGCCUGGGCAGCAGCAGCUCCAGCAGCUGAGCUGUCCCCAAGCUCUGGGGAGCUUUGCUCCUGGGCAGCAUCCUGCCCCAUGCAGCCAGGCCAUGGACACCUUGGGAAAUGCACCUUCCCUCCUGCCUGUUGGUUUGCUUUUCUCACAGAGCAAAUUUCAGCUGGCUACUGAAAGCCUGCACUAUGAAUCAGCUGUGUCUGACCACAACCGGCUGGGGCUGGGGAUAAGGGUUGGGGUUUGGGGUUGGAUCUUCCCACCUCUGUCCACACAGUGACAGCCACACAGUGAUCCCCCUGUAGAAGCCGUCACUGGGCGUCGAGGGUGGUGGUACCUGAUUACAAACAGCCCAAGAGAGAUUGUUUCUGGAGUGAUCAGCUGAACCCAGGGUUGGUUUUGGUUUGCCAAGGGCAAGGAGUGGGCCUGGGAGGCAGCACAGGCCCCUGAGCAUCCCCUGCUUCCUUGAGAAGUUCCCUCAGCACUGACCCAGGGCUUCAGCGCUUCCUGUCCUUGCACAAGCACACGUGGGGAUGGAUAGAAAGCAUUCAUUGAAAAUGCCAUUGAAACAUUAUUGAAUUACAAAUUGAAGAUUAAUUGAGAACAGUUUCCAAUUAAAAUACUUUAAAAGGCAAAUUUAAGUGUUUUGAAAUCUCCAGGCUAGCUGGACAUUCUUUUUUCCUGGUAUCUCUGAUUCCUUUCCCUCCUGCCCAGUGCAGCCCGUGCUUCUCCCUCCCUUGCAGAGAGAGAAUCGCUCUGUUUACACGCCCUGCUGGGGCAGCCUCGCCCGGGGCUGUGCGGGGGGACGGGGCUUCCUCGCAGCAGCCUCACUGUAAAUACUCUGCCAAUGCUUCGUGGACAAACCGAGAUGGCAAAAAGUUGUAUCUGUGAAAUAUUAAGCUCUGUGUGUAUAUAGAUCCAACACGUAUUAUCUGCGGCUCUGUAAUCAAUUGUAUAUGAAACUGUUCCACUGUAUGGCCGAUCAUUUCAUGCUCUCUUAGAUGUAGAAAAGCUGAGAAAUAAUUCACAAUACACUGUGUCAACUCCAAA